AAUACCGGCGACAGGUGUAGCUACCGAACCAUUUAAAUUUUCCAUGCGAACGAUGAGAUUGUGUUUCCUUUUGCUGGUCUGCGUGAUAGCAGUGAAUGCCUGGCCCAUUGAGGAUCUGUCGCUGCGCGUGAGCGGCGGCAAUGGCUGGUAUGUGCCCCAGACGGACGGCUCCCUGCGCUGGGUGGGCAGGUUCGAGGGCGAACGAGAAUUGGCCCACUACGAGGCACAGGAGGCGAUCAUGGGUCGCCUGUCCACGAACACGGUGAACUUUUAUCUGUACACGCUGAGGAAUACCAAUGCGGGGCAGCAGAUCAAAGCCACUCGUGCCUCCAUUGAUGCCUCCAACUUUAAUCCUGAGAAUCCCACGAGGAUCACCAUUCACGGCUGGAAUGCCAACUACAAGGAUGGUGUCAACACCAAGAUUGCCGCCGCCUGGUUCCAGAUGGGAGACUACAACAUGAUUGCCGUCGAUUGGGUGCGUGGCCGCUCCCUGGAGUACGCCUCUUCCGUUUCCGCUGCCUCUGGUGCUGGCAAGAAGAUCGCUGCUCUGAUCGAUUUCCUGGUGCUGGAAUACGGCAUGUCCCUGGAUACCCUCGAGGUGGUGGGCUUCAGUCUGGGCGCCCACGUGGCCGGACACACUGCCAAGCAAGUCAAAUCGGGAGAGGUUGGUAAGGUUGUGGGUCUGGAUCCUGCCAUGCCGCUGAUCAGCUACAGCAACACGGCGAAGCGUCUGUCCAGCGAUGAUGCCAAAUAUGUGGAGUCCAUCCACACAGCUGGCGGUACCAUGGGCUUCACCAAGCCCAUUGGCAAGGCUGCCUUCUACGUGAACGGUGGCAAGUCGCAGCCGGGCUGCGGCCUUGACAUCACCGGCAGUUGCGCCCACACCCGCGCCGUCACCUACUACGUGGAGUCUCUGCUGUGGAACAACUUCCCCACCAAGCGUUGCGACACCUACAAGGAGGCCAACAAGAAUGCCUGCGGCGACAAGUACAGCUCCGUGCUGAUGGGCGCCACAGUGAACAUAUUCGUGGCCGAGGGCAUCUUCUAUGUGCCAGUGAACAAAGAGUCGCCCUUCGGUCUGGGAGAGCCGUUGGAGGAGUCCACAACUCUGGCUCCUGCCAGGCCCACAACUGUCGCUGAUGACUCCACAACUGCUGAGGAUUCGACUACUGCCGAUGAUUCGAGCACUGUUACUUCUGAAGAAGAUUCCACCACCGCAGCCCCUGAGGAAGGAGGAGAUGACUCUUCCACCGCUGCCCCUGAAGAUGAUUCUACCACUGACGGUUCAGGGGAUUCUACAACCGCUGCCCCAGAAGACGACUCCACCACUUCUGCCCCAGAAGAGGGAGGAGAUGACUCCACCACCGCUGCACCAGAAGAUGAUUCCACUACCUCACCACCUGAGGAAGAUUCCACCACUGACGCCCCAGUGAAAGAUUCCACCACUGCUGUCACAGAGGAUGAAGAUUCUACCACAGCUGCACCUGAAGAUGACUCCACAACUGAAGCUCCAGAAGAUGAUUCUACCACCGAAGCCCCAGAGGAAGAUUCCACCACUUCUGCCCCAGAGGAAGAUUCCACCACGGCUGCCACAGAGGAAGAUUCUACCACUGAAGCUUCAGAGGAAGAUUCUACCACAGCUUCACCUGAAGAUGAUUCCACCACUGAAGCUCCAGAGGAAGAUUCCACCACUGCUGUUACAGAAGAUGGAGAAGAGGUCUCUACCACUGCUGUCCCAGAGGAAGAUUCUACCACUGACGCCUCAGAGGAAGAUUCUACCACUGCUGUCACAGAAGAUGGAGAAGAAGAUUCCACCACUGACGCCCAAGAGGAAGAUUCUACUACUUCUGCACCCGAGGAAGAUUCCACUACUUCUGCAUCUGAAGAAGAUUCCACAACUGACGCCCCAGAAGAAGAUUCCACCACUGACGCCCAAGAGGAAGACUCCACUACUUCAGCACCUGAAGAAGAUUCCACUACUUCUGCACCUGAAGAAGAUUCCACCACUGACGCCUCAGAGGAAGACUCCACCACUUCCGCCCCCGAAGAAGACUCCACCACAGCUUUCACAGAGGAAGAUUCCACCACCGCUGUCACAGUCGAUGGUGAAGAUGAUUCCACCACCGAAGCUCCUGUCACAGAAAAUCCCACAACAACGACACCCGAAGACAUCAACACACCGAUAACCGAUGCCCCUGGAGAGCGUCCCUCAACCGAUGGCCCCGAAGAUAACGAUGUCUCGGGCAAGACCAAGAACAUUUACAUUUUCAACUUGUUUCUGAUAAACGUCAAAGUCAACAAGAACUAAAACUAUACAGUUCCUAACCUAACCAACUGAGCCCUGAACCGUGGGCGUGUUUCAUUUCACAAUAAAUCCAAAAGCAAUAUGCAGAACAUUUCCACAUAA